CCCAUCUUCCUGGCACAGCACAUUCCCCUCGGUACUCAUCAGCAGCCGCCUGGCACCCCUCUCCGAUACUCCGCGCUCUCGCAUUCUCCCCACACCGCGCCCGCCGCACCAUGGCGCCCGCUGCUGCGUCCGUCGCCCCGGAGGCGCCGCGCGCCAUCGAGACGCACCACGAGGACAUGAUUCACGACGCCCAGCUGGACUACUACGGCCGCCGCCUGGCGACGUGCUCGAGCGACCGCUCCGUCAAGGUCUUUGACGUCGUGGAUGGCAGUGCGGCAGGGCAGGGCGAGACGCUGCGCGGCCACGAGGGCCCGGUGUGGCAGGUGGCCUGGGCACAUCCCAAGUUCGGCCCGAUCCUCGCCUCGGCCUCGUACGACGGCAAGGUGAUCAUCUGGAAGAACGACGGCGGCGCCAGCUCGGCCGGGGCCGCCUACGGCGCGCAGAGCUACGGCCAGCCUGCCAGCACGGGCGGCUGGAGCAAGAUCAAGGAGCACGCCAUGCACAGCGCCAGCGUCAACUCCAUCUCAUGGGCACCGCACGAGCUCGGCGCCAUCCUCGCCUGCGCCUCGUCGGACGGCAAUGUGUCUGUGCUCACGUUCAACGACGACGGCACAUGGACGGUGGACAUGGUCUCGGCACACCCGCUGGGCGUCAACGCCGUGUCGUGGGCGCCGGCGACGGUGCCCGGCUCGCUCAUCUCUGGCCAACAACCCGCGGCGCAGGGCGCGCCGGCACCAGAGGCACAGAAGGUGCGGCGGUUCGCCAGCGGCGGCUGCGACAAUGCCGUCAAGAUCUGGGAGUUCAACGCCGAGGCGUCGCGCUGGCUCGAGAUCGACUCGCUCGCCGGCCACAGCGACUGGGUGCGCGACGUGGCGUACGCGCCCAACAUCGGCCUGCCGCGCUCGUACCUUGCCACGUGCUCGCAGGACCGCACCGUGCUCGUGUGGACGCAGGACGCGCCCGGCUCGCCGUGGAGCAAGACGCCGCUGACGCCCGAGCCGUUUGCGGGCGCCGUGUGGCGCGUCAGCUGGUCCGUCAGCGGCCAGGUGCUCGCCGUCAGCGCCGAGGACGGCCUUGUGCGUCUGUACAAGGAGAGCCUCAAGGGCAAGUGGGAGGAGGUCAGCGUGCUCGAGUCGUAGCCGCUGCUGGCAUGUGCUGUGGCCGCGCCGACUGGCCGGCGCGAGACGACGACUGCGAAUGCACGCUGUAUGACUUUCUCGUG